AUGAAGAGCGAAAAGGACACCCGACCCCAUCACAUUAAUCUCCAGCCCAAGGACGCGACGGCCAUUGUGCCACCUAAAAAGGAAGAGGAGGGGGACAGGGCGGAGGUCGAGGAAGGUGGGGGAGGCAGCAGGCGAGGAGAGGAGAGCGACAGGGAGCAAAGUCCGCUUUCUUUCUGGGUACUCGCUUCUCAUGCUCGCCCAACCCACCGCCCACGAGCCUCGCACUGCAAUCCCCCCUCCCGCACACAGGCGCACGCAACAGCUGCUGACGGGUGCGCCCCAAUCCUGCAGGUCAUCCGCGCCCUCUACGACUACACGCCGGCCGCCGACUCGCCCAACUCGGGCUACCUCAGCUUCUCGCAGGGCGACUUCCUGCACGUCGUCGGCCGCGAAGACGACACGGACUGGUACGAGGCGUGCAACCCGCUGCACAACACGCGCGGCCUGGUGCCCGUCAGCUACUUCGAGCCCGUCGGCAAGACGGCGAGGGACGCGCGCGACACGCGCGACGUCAGGGCCAGCGCGGGGAGUGUGCCAGCGCGCAGCUCCACCCAGCAGCACCACAGCCAGCCGCACGACUCGGGCUACCAGGAGCGCCUGCACAGCAUCAGCAGCCCCGGCUCUGCCCACAGCCACGGCCACAGCCUCAGCCACAGCAUCGCCAGCCCCAGCCACCCGCAGAACAUCAUGGCCCAGCAGCUGCGCAUGAGCCAGUCGGGCAAGACGGGCGCCAUGGUCUACGGCAUCGUCAUGUACGACUUCAAGGCCGAGCGGCCCGACGAGCUCGAGGCGAAGGAAGGCGAGGCCAUCAUCGUCAUCGCCCAGUCGAAUCCAGAGUGGUUCGUCGCGAAGCCCAUCACGCGCCUCGGCGGGCCCGGCCUGAUCCCCGUGUCGUUUAUCGAGAUCCGCGACAUGACGACAGGACAGGCGGUAUCCGACACGCAGGCCGCCGUCACAGCCGCGGGCGUGCCCAAGGUCGAGGAGUGGAAGAAGAUGGCGGCCGACUACAAGAACGGCAGCAUCCCGCUGGGCAAGCUCGAGCAGAACUCGCAGCAGACGCUGCAGCAGGGCAUGGACCGCAUGAGUCUGGGAGCCAAGAGCCAGAACGGCGCCCGCUCCGGAUCGGUAUCCCACUCACACUCACACUCGCGCAACGGCUCCGUCGCCCAGCCGCGCAGCAACACGCUCGCGCCCAUCAAGGCGUGCGUGCCGCGCUACUGCUUCGCCGACGACAUCUUCUGGUUCAUCAUCGAGUGCCAGAUGGAGGACGGGCGGCACUGGGAGCUGCAGCGUCUGUACCAGGACUUCUACGACCUGCAGAUCCAGCUCAUCGAGACCUUCCCCGUCGAAGCAGGCACCAGCGGCUCCGGCCAGCGCACCCUGCCCUUCAUGCCCGGCCCCGUCACCUACGUCACCGAUAACAUCUCCAACGGGCGCCGCGCCAACCUCGACGAAUACAUCAAGAACCUGCUCAACCUCGGCCCACACAUCACCCGCGGCGACCUGGUCAAGGGCUUCUUUGCGCCACGCCAAGGCGACUACGAGAUGGACGCAGAUGUCAUCGCUGCAGAGAACUACCGCCUGUCCCAGCAGUCAGGGCAGUCGUCCAACCACUCCCACGGCACAAGCAGACAGUCCUCGGCCGACCACCUCCAAGCCUCCAUGCCCGCCCCCGCCGCCCCCGCAAACUACCAAUCCCACCAACGCGGCCAGUCCAACGCCUCGCAAAUGUACCCAUCCAACCUCAACCCCCCACCACAACCCCAACAUCAACAACACACACCAGGGCACCACCACUCCGCCUCCUCGGCCACAAACGCAGGCACCUCCUCCUCCUCGGCGCUCAAAAUCAAAGUCUGGUUCGAAGAAGAUAACUGCGUCGUCAUUCGCAUGCCGGCUUCCCUUCGUUAUCCUGACUUAUAUAAGAAACUUAAAGAGAGGAGACGUCUUGAGCGGCCGGAUGAGCAGGAUGAGGAUCUGCUUAUUGAGUAUAAGGAUGAGCGCGAGCAGCAGUUUUAUCCCAUUGAGUGUGAUGAGGAUCUUGAGGUGGCGGUUGAGCGGAAUCCGAAGUUGGUGCUUAGUGUUACGACGCCGAGGUGA